AUGAUCGGUGGGAACCAGAGAAUGGAGGGAGAUGUUUUCUCAGUGCAUGAUAUAUUAAAUGAUAUUGAAGCCGGAUCUGCGGUUAGCACUCUAGCAACCAUCAAAUCGGAAAUAGAUAGACAAAUUUCAUCAGCAGCAAUAUCAACACUGUGGUUAGAAAAAGGUAUAGUAAAUCUCUCUUUAGAAUUAGUAAAACAGGCAAUUAAUGAUUGCAGGCGUUCACUUGAACAUGAUCCUGAUAACAUUCUCGCAUACUUUGUGCUAGGAGUUUCGUAUUUGUGGAAAGGUGACGAAGAAACAGCUAUGAAAGAAUGGCAAGAGGGAUUAACUAAAUCAGGAGUUAUUCUUACGCAUCUUGUUGUAUCAGAAAUCGUAAAAAAUUGCACUGUCAGAGAAUAUAUCAAAUCUAUCAGAUUCAAUGUUAAAUCUUUAUUCGAAUUUCAUGAUAAUUUCAGUCCAGAAAUCAUUUGUACACCGUUUGGAAUCGAUCUUGCCGUGAAAUUUAUUAAGGAAAAAAAUUAUCCGAUGGCUAUCACGUAUCUUAACAUAAUUUUGAGCUCAAACGCAUCGAAUCAAGACGCUAUAAAGUACAGAGGCAUAGCUUACUGCCUUUCAAAGCAAUAUUCCCUUGCAAUUCAAGAUUUAUCAACAGCAUUAGCAAUGAACGAAACAGAUGAGAUACUUCGAUAUAGAGCAAAUGCAUAUGCGAUGUCGAAAAAUUACUUUUUAGCAAUCCAAGAUUUAUCCUACGUAAUACAAUAUAAUUCUACAGAUUAUGAGUCGAUUGCUACACGUGCAACCCUUCAAAUGUGGCGUGGGUACUUCACUGCAGCACUUACUGACUUCAAAUUGAUUCCACAACAAGAAUAUAAUUCAUUUACUUGGUUAUCAUACGCAGAAGCACUUUUUGCAGUCGGGAAAGUCAAAUUGGCCUCCGAAUACAUCAAAUAUGUUGAAAAAACGAACAAUAAACGAGCUUUUCUCGAAUAUUUAAUUUGUAGACAGAAAGGUGACUUAAAUGGAGCUAUAAACGCUAUGCUGCAGAUAACAGUGUCUACUGCUAAUGCUAGAAUACUCCAAAUCACAGCCGGUUUGUUCUUCGCAAAUGGAGAUUUGAAAAGUGCCAUCGGAGCAUACAAAGUAGCCCUUAAAUUUGUUUCCAAUCCUAUUGAAUAUCUUCGUAGCCAAGCAAUCUGCUUCUUUUGUGCCAUGAAUUUCGAAAAAGCCUUAGAAACAUGCGAAAUUAUUACGAAACGUCUGAAUGAGAAUCAAAUCAACGUUGAUUUAUGCACUGAUGAUAAUGAGAACCCCAUUGAUACCCCUCUCAUUAAGUUUAUUUCAAGAAAUGACCCACAAAAAAUUAAUGAACUCGCAGAACAGACAGUUAGCUGGAUUAGAGCCAUAAUAUAUCACGUGAAGGACUCGAUAGAGUCAAUUACGCCAACAUCUUUGAUCCACGCUCCUAAUUCUCUUUCAGAAAAUAUUAAAUUUGAAACUAACCGCAUGGAAGCACUCAAACAGAUUGCAGAAGAAGCGGACAAAAUCGGAAAGAACGUUUUUGGCCUCCCGCGAGACAGAUUGCCCGCAAAACGUCUAAUUCGCGCGAUGGGGCUUUCAGCCCUUUAUCUUGGCGCCUCAUUACGACGUGAAAUCACAUCUGCCUCGAAGUGUUCCUGGAAGGAUCCAUUCGAUGUAGUCCUUGCCAUUCUAAAUUUGGCAGAUCCGAAUAAUCUUUCAACAUGGUGCGACUGUUUAGUGAUAUUGGGCCAUGCGUUCAAUGCUCCCAAGUACGAAGUACACCGCGGCGAAUGGCUGAACCCGAGACUCAAAGACCGUUUCCAAGAUAUCAUGAAAAAGUUCAAAACCAAAUACGGUUUCAAGCUUUCCAAAGAAGGAGACAACAUUGUGGGCUUUGACCAACCGUACUACGUAGUGGAAGGAACAAUUCCUGAACACGACAACAUACCAAAGCCUUCAAUUAUUUUGGAACCAAAGGUUUUCGGUUUUGACAUUUAUUUGACACCAAAAAGUGACACACAAAGUGCCUGGCAAACCGCCGUUGUAUUUGAUGAGUGUUGGAAGAAGUUAAUAAACGGAGAUAACCCAAUGAAUGCACUUUCCAAGAUGAUUCUGUUGAUUUGGCUGACAAAUCAAUUCACUUUUUACCAGAAUGAGAUUGGCCACAUUCUUUUGCACGCGUACUGCAUUGCAGCACAGGGAAAGUACUGCGACCCAUUCGGAAAUGACAACAAGGAGCCGUUCGUUGACAUGCUUGUGGAGCCGGCAUUUCCGCAAUUCUUUGAAAGAGUUAAAUUCGUGUACAACUCAUUUGCAAGAGGAGAUAAAAGUGUUCAGAUGAGUACAAUCAGCUUUUUCGACUCGGAAAUAAGUGUUGGAGACUUAUUGACAAUGCUCAGCUUAUAG